AUGAUGAAGCCGGCCUUCGCAAACAUUCUUGCUCUUUUGACUAUUGCUUUGGCAUUGAUUGCCAACAAUGACAAUGGUAUGGUUCAAGGUAGAUUGGAAAACCGUAAUUUGAUCAAAGUCGUUAAACGUGGAUUUGCAGAUGCAGGUGAAGAUCAACUGGUUAAACGUUUCCAUCCAUUGCAUGCUGGUAUGCCAAUGGGUCCGCCUCCUGCUGCUGAAAAGCGUGAUGUAAAUGAAGACGCUGAAGAUCAAUUCGUCAAACGUUACCAUCCAAUGCAUGGUGGUAUGCCAAUGGGUCCUCCUCCUGCUGCUGAAAAGCGUGAUGUAAAUGAAGACGCUGAAGAUCAAUUUGUCAAACGUUACCAUCCAAUGCAUGCUGGUAUGCCAAUGGGUCCUCCUCCUGCUGCUGAAAAGCGUGAUGUACAUGAAGACGCUGAAGAUCAAUUCGUCAAACGAUUCCACAACGGAGGCCCUGAACCAUUCCUUCCUUCAGCCGCUGCUAAACGCAGUGUUGAUGAAGAAAUUGAUACGGUUCAAUUUGUUAAACGUUUCCCUCCUGGACCUCCGGGUGGUUUCCAUAUGCCAAUGGGACCUGCCCCUGCUGCAGAAAAGCGUAGCAUUGAAGAUGAAACUGCCAACGAAGCACCUUUUCAAAAGCGUUGUGGUGGCGGAAUGGGAGGUCCUCCUCAAAAGCGAGGCCUCGAUUCUGAAAGUGGUGAAGAACCUUUCGUCAAGCGUUGCGGUGGCGGAAUGGGUGGGCCACCUCAAAAGCGUGGCCUCGAUUCUGAAAGUGGUGAGGAGCCUUUCGUCAAACGUUGUGGUGGCGGAAUGGGAGGUCCUCCUCAAAAGCGUGGCCUCGAUUCUGAAAGUGGUGAAGAACCUUUCGUCAAACGCUGUGGUGGUGGCGGAAUGGGUGGCCCACCUCAAAAGCGUGGCUUGAAUGAUGAAGUGAAUGAGUCCAAUGGUGAAGGUUUCGUUAAGCGACAUGCACACAAUGCAGGUGGUCCCCCUUCCAAACGUGAUGUCGUUCAAGAAACCAAUGGUGAAGGUUUUGUUAAGAGACAUGCACACAACGCAGGUGGUCCCCCUUCGAAACGUGAUGUUGCUCAAGAAACCAAUAGUAAAGGUUUUGUUAAACGUCACGCACACAAUGCCGGAGGCCCUCCAGACAAACGUAGUAUUGUGGCUGAAGUAGGUUUUGUUAAACGUCACGCACACAAUGCCGGAGGCCCUCCAGACAAACGUAGUAUUGUGGCUGAAGUAGGUUUUGUUAAACGUCACGCACACAAUGCCGGAGGCCCUCCAGACAAACGUAGUAUUGUGGCUGAAGUUGAUGGUGAAUCAACAUUCGUCAAACGUCAUGCUCCCAAUGCUGGUGGACCUCCCUGA